GAGUUCAAAGUGCAGAAAGAGAAUCUGAGAGGUUAAACGAACAGUUGAAAAAGGAAGGGAAAUUGCUGCGAGAAUUUCAGUCACGUGAAGAUGAUCUCAGAGAAGCUAUGAGCGCCAAAGAUUCGCAGCUUGCUGUUCUCAGAAUACGAAUCCAGGAAAGUGACCAAGAAUUACGAGAAACCAAGCAAAAACUGGGAAGAUUUCAGAAUGAAAAUGAAAGGUGAGUGAAAGGAAAACAGGAAGGAUAUGAAGUAUGAACCCAAUAUUGCCAUCGUCAACAGAAAGUUGACUACUUGACUCAAGAUGGAUUCGAAUCUGAAUGUUGAAGUGUUUUUGUAGAUACGUUACAGUAUAUACAUUUUUAUACCUGACCAGUAGCUGUUACGAAAAAUGCAUCUACAGCCUUUCAGCAGGAGUCGAAUCUGCGGCCCCGCGAUUCCGAUGCAGUGCUCUAACCACUGAACUAUAGAGAACGGUUACCGACCUAAAAAGUUGACUCAAGCCACAUAUUUAAACUUGCAUAUUCAGCAGGGCUCGAAAUAGCGGGCUGCCAAUGGCCAAAAGCAGGCCAUAUUUAAAAAAUGGCAGACAAAAACAAAUUUGAACUGCCAGGUAAAAAAAAAAUGGCAGGUGAUAUUUCUAUAGAUAUAUUUCAUUUCAUUUGCUUACCACAACUCGUAUAUACUAGAUCAUAUAGUUGACUAUAAAUACGUUUAUAUUUGAAAUUUAAAUCCAAGUUUACUGUAGUAAAAUGGACAAGUUUAAAAAUAAUAAAAAUGCAUAUCAUGAAAACAUUGAUUUUUACAAUGAUUUAUAUGAGACAUCGCCAUUUUGGAAGUUCAAUGAAUAAAAAUGGCAGACUAAAAUUUAUUUCACCUGCCAAAAAAUUUUAGAUUGGCAGGCCAUAUUUGUUCUCUACUUCGAGCCCCGAUAUUCAAUGAAUCGAGUUUGUAGAUGUACGCUUUACCCAAUAAAAAAUUGUAAUGUCGAGUCAAGUGGAUUGAGCUUAAUGAAAUAAAAUUCGAACAUGAAUUGAAAUUUUCAUGAUAGACUUAUUGCACUUGAUUGUACAUGUACCAGAUUCGCAUCGGAGCGACAUCAAAUUUUACAGUUUCAAGGGGAGUUUAGCACUCAAAUUACGAUAAUAUAACAGAAUUAGUCAAAAACGUCAAAUAUGAAAACUUGUAAGAGGUCGAAAAACGUCUUAGUUGAUGUCGCUCGACUCGCUCCGAUGCGAAUCCGGUAUCGUGUAACUGGGGCCUUAUUCCAACUAAACCUUGAUUAUAUUCGUUCCCAGAAUACUUCGUGAUCACAGCGACUCAAGUGGAAUUCAAAAUCAGGUGUUGGAAGACUUGAGAGUGAGGCUACAAGAAGCUGUGUUAUCGUUGAAGCAUGAACAAGAAGCACAUCAGCAAUCUAGGGUAUACUUCACUGUUUACUGACCUACAAAGCUAUAUAUUAUAGACUUUAAUGCGAAGCCAUAUAUCAUUUGUAAUGUUUGUUCAAAUUCUUUUGCAUAUAGUUUGUUUAAAUUUAGUUUGUUAAUUUGUAGACUGAAAGUUCAGAACGUCAAAGCAAGUUGGAAAGUGAACAAAGAUCCAUGGCGGAAACUGUGAAGGCACUACAGAAAAAUAUUGUGGAAGAAAGACGUAUCUUUUCAUCUUGUUUAACCCUUGUUUAAAUUAACUAAUUUUUUUAUUGUUACAACCUGCAAACAAGUUGUAAGCAUAAUAAGGUUGUUGGCAAGCCGAGAUCAGGAUGUUUUUGCAUUCCUUGUUUCCAGUUGUUGUGACAAAUCUGGAACAAGUUGUUAGCACCUUGUUACAAGGUUGAUCACGGCAACAGACUUGCUAGACGUUUUUCCAACAUGACUAAUACAGGCUGUUCGUAACAAGUUGUUAUGAGCUUGUUGUCAUCAACUUGUUAUUAUAAUAACUUGUUACGUGCAGACAAUAUUAUACUUGUUGGAACAACUUGUUGCGAGGCUGUUGGCCUCAUCAGUUUGUUACAAGAUGGUAACAACUUGUUCCAAACUUGUCAACAACUAGGAACAAGCAGUGUGAACACAUCUUUUUGACAAGCUGUGAGAUUUUUAACGCGUGUACACGCGUAGCAAGUCUGCCAACAAGCCGUCGACAAGUUGUGUUUCCACUGCUUGUCCCACGUUGUCAACAAGUUUGGAACAAGCUGUUAACAACCUUGUUGAUAUUAUGGUUGUUGCAAUAUGUCCGAUACAGUCAUGAUAUAACAAUAGGGACCUUUAGCAAAUAGGUGACGGCAACGCGACGACGACGGCCAAAACAAACUCGUUCAAAUAAGUAACUUUAAGAUCAACAUAUCUUGUAUUAUCCGUUGUAUGAAUUUAUUGCAAUUUAGAAGGUUAAGACAGAGGUUUAUAGUUGAGAAGACUUCUACUAAGCCAAUUUGGCGAGGACGACUUCUCGCGGCUUGAAAGGCAGACGUUGUAUACAAAACGUGAAAAUCUUUGUUUUGCUGUUGUAAACAGAGCAAGGACGACGUCUAAAACUCCCAAGGGACCUUUAGUUAUGCAUUUUCUUUCUACACUGUCAUAAAUUUCAUUGUGUUAAUAGCCGUCGCCGUCCUGCUAGCUAAAGGUCCCUAAUAUUGUUACAACCUUGUGUUGUCAACUUUGUAACAUUCUUGUUAUAUCAUGACUGUAUCAGACUUGCUAGAACAACCUUGUAACACGUCUGAUAAUGGCAUCAAGCUUGUUACAAGUUGUUAACAGGUUGUUACAACAACUAGGAACAAGCAUUGCGAACACAACUUGUCGACAUGCAGCCUGUGAACAGAUUUGUAACAACUUGUUUGCAGACCUGUAACAACUCGUGCGUUUUUGCGUGUGUAGGGAUCGAACCCCUAACACGUGACAGGCACAUGCACUAACCAUGGUGUCAUAAAUACACGUCAAAAAUGGUGGAAUAAUGUUUCCUUGACUGUACUACUUUUAAUGACGCCAGGAAACGCAAACGGCUGCACGAACAAAUUAAAAGUGUCCGAGAACAAAUUAUCGAGCGCGAACCAAGAGUUCCGUGACUACAAAGAAAAAGCAGGUCGUAUUCUUCAAGCCAAAGAGAAGGUGAUAGCUAGCCUGAAAGAGGGUAAAGCGAUAGUGGGGGAUAGUUCUGGGAUCACCGGUGCUGAGUAUGAGGCGAUGUGUCAGGAGAGAGAUGUUUUAAGAGAUGAGUUACAUCAAGUCAAAUAUGGCAUGGAGCAAUUGAAAGUUGAUGUACAGGUAAUACUCACGCCGUCACCUAAAGCUGACCAGUCAAACGAGGAUGAGAGUUGAUGAUAGUUCAAACUCUCACUCGCGUUUGAAAUCCAACUCUCAUCAACUGUCGUGCACUCUCAUCAACUCUCACGUAACUCUUGUUCUCGUUGAGUGGGGCAUGAAAGUUGAUGAAACUCGCUUGCCAUUCGACCCCUGGUAAUAUUUACUAUAAGUUAUACUUUCUGUUUUAUCUGUACGCUUGAAUACAGUAAUUAGUGUUAUACUAAUGUAGUUUCUUAACUACUGUAUAUGCCUGCUAACAUUAGGACCCUGACAGGGAUCUUAAUUAAAUAUUUUUGUUAGGAUCUUAUUAAGAUCUUAGAUACAGUAUAAGUCUUCUAUCUUCUAUCUUCAGGAUCUGGACAGGAUCUUAAUUAGCCAUUUCCCAAAGUCCUGGGUCUAGUCCCGCGAAUCCCAUGUUGGAGGGACAAGAAAUAUGGCAGCACACAUUUGAAUUAAAUGUUUAAUGUAAAAAGGAGAUAUUUCAUUUUCGGUUGUCUAAAAAGUUGAUAUUUGAUAGCAGAUACUUCUACUCUUUCACAUAUUUGUCGCCUGUCACCAUAUAUUUUGUCCCUCCAAACGAUCCCAGAAUGCACUCUGGUCUCUUUUGGGGAAAGGCUAAUUAGAAUUGCCCUUUGGUAAGGCCCCCGUUUACACUUGCGAUUUUCGUCUUCUGAUGGAUGUGAACGAGUGAAUAAGUUAUGAAUCUUCAGAUGAGGGUACAUAUACUCAGAACAUUCAUAAUACAUCUACUCGUUCACAUCCAUUAAAAGAAGAAAAUCGCGCUAGAAAUCACAGCGAAAAUUGCAAGUGUAAACUGGCCUUUAGGAUUUUGUCAGAAGGUAUGUACUAGUUGGAUCUUGUCUAGGAUUCUGCAACUAAUAGGAUCCUGACAGGAUCUUGACUAGGAUUCCAGAAACUUUAAAAUUUAAUAUCUUUAGGAUAUCACAGGGUCCUAUAUGAUGUUAUAGGAAUCUGUUUAAGAUUUCUACCAAGGAAUCUGCCGUCGAUGGUGGACUUCACGUUUGAGAUAUCAUUCCUAUAAAUUAGACUCACUGUUGUACAGUACUCUCAUCUUUUUGCUUGCAUACAGGAAUUAGAACAACAGUUGCAGUCGGAAAGUGAAACUGCUGAAGAGCAAACGGAGCAUUUACAGUCAUUGUUGGAUGAAGAAAAACGUUUGAAGGAAGAAGCUAAUCAUGAUGUACUCAAAACACGUGAGGUAUAGAAAAGAUCUAUUUAUACGAGAUUAAAUUUUUUGCGUCUAGUCUUUCCUUUAGCCAACCAAUCAUAGUUGUAUUUUCUUCAACUUUAGGAGCUCCAGACUCUGAGUGAUAAUCACUACAGGCAAAAGACCACCCUCAUCGCACAGAUACAGGUAUAGGCAUGCUAGGCAAUGCUUAACAAUUUGGCACUGGUUAUUCAAACCAUGAUUAGCGCUAUCCCUGUGUCAAAGUUUAAUUAACCUGCUUUUUCGGUUUCUGUAUUUCUGCACGUUUGUUUUUGAGGAAGUAUUGUUUUAGACUGUAUGGAUAUUUUGUUAUCGAGGCAUGUUUUCUCAAGGUGGAUUUUGAAAAAACCCAUCGAAAGUCUCUUUCCCUAGACCUUUAAUUCCUAUGUGGUUUUUUUUCGUGUUUUAGGAAAGAGAAGGAGAAAUAGAGAAGCUUAAAAGUCAAGUAAGUUAGCAAUGUUGUUAGCCAGUUGUUCAGUUUCAAAUACAAUAUGGUUCUAUGAUUCAAUGUUUUUUUCUCGUAAUGUCUUUCUGUAUAGUUACUGGCGAAAUCCUACAGCACAACAAGCGAAGCAGAACUGGAGAAACGAGUACGAGCUUUGACAGAGAAUCUCAUUCAAAAACAGACUGUCAUUGAAGCAUUAAGUACGGAAAAGAGUUCCCUGGUUCUACAGUUGGAAAGACUAGAAGUAAGAGAAGUGUUGAGUAUUUGGUGGGCUAAUGUUUGCAUAGUAGUUGGGGGAUGUGCUUUUCACUCAUUGCGACUGGGACUCAAUUGUUGUACAGUACUAUGCAGUUGUCUGGUAGUGCUGUGCAAACUUCGGGGUUUUCACUUCCUGCUUUGGUAAAAAAAAAAAAAACUCCGGCUCCGGCAAAUUCGAAAUCUGAAAUUUGAAAUUUCACAUUUCAAAGUGGAAGCACUACCUUUGUUUUUUAUUUUGACACUUCGCAUGAACAUUUCGUACUAUGCAUGUUGCACAAGACAAGAAGCAGUCGCUCGCAAAGUCAAUGUGGUUAAGAGUUUUUAUAAUUAAACUUAACAAAGGGCGCACCGUUUUCUUUUGUUACAAUGUUCCCCGCCAGAGAAAAGACUCGCUCAGACGUUACUGACGUGGAAUUUACUAUUGCGGAAUGAAGGAAUUUACUCUUCCGUCAGGCAUUUUACUGUAUAUACGGAAUAGCGGAUUAGCGUAAAUUUCCAUCCCUGGGCAGUCAUACAUAGAAUACUAUAUUUACAUGUUUGGCAAGCCUACGCAGAUCAAUGUGAGUAUUUACUUUUCGAUGGAUUCAGGCUUUUUCGCCGAUGUCCGACAGUAGUUUGCAGCACAAAUAAGUGCUGCCGGAGUUGAACAAACUCCAGCUCCGGCAAAAUAGGCCAAAACUCCGGUGCACAGCACUAUUGUUAGACUUUCCAAAGUCCUUUCUAGGCCCUUCUAUGGCGCGCUUCACUUUGGGUCGCGCGCUCUCUCCCCCGCGCCCUCCCUCCCCCAUGGUCGACUUGUGGCAAGCCUACACUAUUGUCUGCAAUUUCGCCUGAGAUGCAUAUGAGUGCAAUGCUUUCAUUUUUAGCAUACCAAGUACCGCAGGUUUUCGCUCGAUAUUCCGGUUUCCUCCUUUGGAAACACUGGAUUAAGAACUGAUAGAGCUGUCCAGCAUGAGCGGAACUAGUUUAGCUUUAGUGUUACCCGAUUUGUCCCCGAAAACAGUCUGGUGAAUUAAAGAACCAAGUCAAUAUUUCAGUUUCUAUGUAUAUAAGGACUAAGAAAUCCUUAUCAAAUCCAGGUUUUAAUGAAAGUAAAAUACAAAAAUACAAAUGGCCAGUCUAUUUUUCAGAUGCAGUACAAAGACAUCCAACGCUCGACAUCACGCGUUUCUGUACCAACAACAUUUGAGGAGAAUGAGGAAGGUACGAAUUCAACAGGACGAUGCUUAUUUCCAGGUGCCAAGUAAAUGAAGAAAUGAACGUCUAAUAUUUUUGAAUUAUGUAAAUAUUUCAGGAGGCAGGGUGCGUCCAAUUACGUCCAUAAUGCCUUCACAAAUCACGGAGUCAGCAAAAGUUCAUAAGGCUGUGAACGAAAUUGAUAAAUUCAGGUAAAUUUAGGGAUCUGUUAUAACAUUUUACAAACACUCUGUAUGUCUAAUUAUCCCUUUGUUAACCUUUUAUGUUUUAUGCUUGUGAUGUUACUCUGAGUGUAUAUCCACACCGGGCAAGCUUGAAAAUAUGCCAGUCCACGCAUAGUAUUCCAAAGGUCGUAGGUUCGAUUCCCACCGUGGACAGGCAUAUUUUUCAAGCUUGCUCGGUGUGGAUAUACACUCAGAGUAACAUCACAAGCAUCAUAUUCACCUGAGUACACUACACCAACACAUAAAAAAUCAUGGCUUUUAUGUUUUGCUUUUUAGCAUUCGACUUGGUGUAUUUUUACGUCGAUAUCCCAUUGCGAGACUCAUGCUAAUUCUGUACAUGGUAAGUUAUAUAAAUCAAGUUGUAUAAAGUGGCGGUUAUUUGUGAUCAGUUGGUGGUCGAGGGUUGAAACUUUGGCUGGGCCAAGAUUUAGAGUCUUAAAAUUGAAGAAGAAGAUGCUCAUGGCGUUGCUCGAAAACUUGAAAUUUUCUUCAUAUUUCUCGGAAAAUGACCUUGAGACACGACUGUAAAGUAUGUGAAAAUGCCACUGGUUGAUCCAAUUUUUGUUGGAGGGAGUAAUGACAUUCUCUGUCUCUGAGGAGUGAAGGGUCUUGUCUCCGCCACGCUCACAUAACGUGUGGGCGGCAGGGGUGGCACCCACGGAUUUUUCUUUGAUUUAUCAUUGAAACUUUCCCGAGGGGAAGUGUCUAACCAACCAAAAAUGUCAAUUUUUUUCUUUGAUCUAUCAUUGAAACUUUCCCGGGGGGAAGUGCAUCACUUUUCGGGGGAGGUGCAAAAAUUCUCAGGGGAGGUGCAAAACGAUCUCAGGGGGAGGUUCGCCCUCAAAAUCCGGUCAUGGUUGUAACCACUAAUCUAAAAAUUAGGCCAGUGGUUGUAUCUUGGACCCUGUGUCUAUCUGAAAUUGUUUUCUCGUUCAGUGAUCACUAACAAUUCCCCACGAAUGGAUCGUCCACCAGCAGCUAGAGACAUACGAUAUGCGAGCUGAUAUCCAGGGCCGCAGAGAGGGGGGGGCAGGAGUUGCCCAGGGCCCCGAGGUGCUGGGGGCCCCUGAAAAUUUUUUGUUGGGCCCCAGUCUUUUUUGUGUGUUAAAUAUUUCCGCGCAAAGGACAAGAUAUCUGUUUUUUGGGCUAAGUACCGAAAUUUGACUUGAAAAAAUGAGAUAAAGUCCCUGGAAAGCAAUGGACCAUUUGCAUUAUAGACUAAAUUUUGAUCUAGACAAAAAUUUCAUCACAGCUUGAAAGAGCAUCACAAAAUUAAUAAUAUUCCAAAGUUUCGUUCCGAAAUGUUGUAAAAUGCGGAUAAUAUAGCCAUGCCAAGUUUGCCGUUUUUCAGUCAUUUUAGAUUACAAACGGGAAAUUGACAGCCCAAUCGGGUGUUGGGGCAUCAAUUUCCCGUUUGUAAUCUAAAAUGACUGAAAAUUGCAAACUUCGCAUGGCUAUAUUAUUCGCAUUUUACAACAUUUCGGAACGAAACUUUGGAAUAUUACUAAUUUUGUGAUGCCCUUUCAAGCUGUGAUGAAAUUUUUGUCUAGAUCAAAAUUUAGUCUAUAAUGCAAAUGGUCCAUUCCAACGUACUCGUCCGGAAAAUUUUUUUACCUAAAAAGUUGUCGACGGGGGAGGGGGGUUCUCCGAAAAAAAUGUUUUCCGAAAAAUUUUUUAGAUAGGGCCCCUAAAAAAUUUGUCCCGGGCCCCCGCCAACCUCUCAGCGGCCCUGCUGAUAUCUUUCUCUGUUUCAGAUUCUCCUACAUUUAUGGGUAUUUAUUGUGCUACUGACCUAUCAACCAGAGAUUCACUCCAAUUCACCUGCUGGUCCAAUGCCAAAUAAUCCACAUUCGAAAUAACAAAAGACGUAUCCUUUUCCUACUGUAUCCUUCGUUCUAAUGGUCGUGUAGGUAUAGGUCGGUUAGAACCAAGAUGUGAAUUUCUCCGUAAAAGACUAUUCUGAUAGUGUUUUACAUACUGCAAAGAAGUACAAUAUAGACCUCAUCGACUAUUGUAUAUUUCAUAAAUAACAUGCACUGUAAAACAUGUUCAAACCAAUCCAAUAUCGUCCAUCAUCGAUGUUGGAGGAAAAUUUUGAAUUCUCCUGCAAUCCGAGUUUGUGUUAUCGAUUUUUCAUCUUCAUGGCAGAAAUAGACCUCAGAAUUAGCCAUUCCGAAGUUGAUGAGUGGACUGGAGACGAGUGUUAAAAAGUGCCCAAAUUAAGAAAUGAACCAAAUCACUAAAAAGACCACCUCAAAAUUAGUAAGUAUACAAAGUUUGAAGACGUUUCCAUGAAUACCCUUCGAAUAAUAAGCUUUCGAAAAUUGUGAAAUUACCGAUUGAAAGAUUGUUUUUGGGACGCGCGUCCCUCAAAACAAAAAUUACAGUACAUUUCAUAGUAAAUAUCGCGAUUUUCGAAAGAUUUUCGAUUAUUCGAAGGGUAUUCAUGUGAACGUUUUCAAACUUUGUAUACUUACUAAUUUUGAAGUGUUCUUUUUAGUGAUUUGGUUCAUUUCUUAAUUUGGGAACUUUUUAACACUCGUCCCCAGUCCUCUCAUCAACUUCGGAAUGGCUAAUUGAAUUCUUCAUGCUCAAACUACUGUAGUCUAUACCGAAAAUUUCAUGAUGUUUGGAGAUGAAGUGUCACGGGAGUUUCGGCGUUUUGAAAAUUUUGUUUUCCCUAUACAUUUUACUGGAAUUUUUGCUGCACAUCAUGAAAUUUUCGGUAUGGACAAAUGGACCUAUUACCUAAUGAACAUAAUAUUGAUCUAGACAAGUCUAGACAACAAUUUCAUCUCAACAUGAAAGAGCAUCAUAAAAUUAGUAAUAUUCCGAAGUUUCAUUGCAAAAUGUUGUAAAAUGCGGAUAAUAUAGCCCUGCGAAGUUUGCCGUUUUUCAGUCAUUUUGCAUUACGCGAGGGAAAUUGAUACCCUUUUUCAGAAAGCGGUAUCAAUUUCCCGUGUGUAUAAUACAAAAUGACUGAAAAACGGCAAACUUCUCAGGGCUAUAUUAUCCGCAAUUUACCACAUUUCGCAACGAAACUUCGGAAUAUUACUAAUUUUUUGUGAUGCAAUUUCAAGCUGUGAUGAAAUUUUUUUCUAGACUUGUCUAGAUCAAAAUUUUGUUCAUUAGGUAAUAGGUCCUUUGAACAUGAAAGUUUUAAUUCUGAGGUCCAGUUCUGGCAAAGACCUGUAGAGAGUGAGAUGAAAAAUUGAUGACGUGAAGUCGGAUUGGAGAAUAUGGUCAUACUUGAUCCAACAUCUUGCACCAUCAGCCAACAUUACACAACAAUAGGGUUGAAUCAGCCCUAUAUAUAUAUAAAAAAAAUGUUGCAUCGAAUAAUACAGGAGGAUAUUGGGCCAACGUGUUGAACUAGCUCUUAAUGAAUACAGCAGAAGUGUUUAAAAGCACUAGAAAUUAAUACUGUAAAUAUUAGAGUAAGUGCGCAAUAUAUAGUGAAAUUUAAAUUUUUGCAUUGCAAACCACAAGGUCUUACAAUUCAUAAAAUAUAUAUGAUAUACUGUUGAUUUAGUAUAUAUAGAGCUAAUAGUAUGUAUGGUUCGAGUGCAAUUUGAAAAGGCCAGCACAAGUCACGAGUGUCUGUUUUAUAUCAAGCCAUUAUUUAUUAGUAAUAUAUACAAAAAAUUUUAAUCACAGUAGAUUAAACCAGAAUACGUUUUCUUCCAUCAGAAAACGAUUUUUGGACAACUUGAAAAACAUGCAAACAUUUCCAC